GUCCCCACCAUCAAUCUGCAUAGCAAAUUCACAUCUGGAGCCGGAAAAGACGAGAUAUAAUCAUAAUGAGGCCACUCACAGAACCAGAAACGAAAACUCUAUUCGAGAAGUUGGCGAACUACACAGGAAACUCGCUAAAGAACCUAAUUGCGCCUCUUGACGACUCACCCGACGCCGAUCGAUAUGUCUUCCGUCUGAAUCGCGACAGAGUAUACUACGUGCUGCUCUCCGUCGCAAACUUAGCUACGUCGAUAUCAAGGGAUAGUCUUGCGUCGCUAGGAAUUUGUCUAGGCAAGUUCACCAAAUCGGGCAAAUUCCGCCUGCACAUCACGGCCCUCCCCAUCCUAGCCGAGCACGCGCGAUACAAGUUAUGGAUCAAGCCUAACGGCGAGAUGCCCUUCUUAUACGGUGGAAACGUCGUAAAAGCCCAUGUCGGUCGCUGGUCUGACGACUGCCCCAGCCAUCAAGGAAUCGUCGUAUACAGCAUGUCCGAUACGCCUCUUGGUUUCGGUGUCACGGCUCGUAGCACAGCUGAAGCUAGGAGAUUAGACCCGACAGGUAUCGUGUGUUUUAGACAAGCCGAUUGUGGAGAGUAUCUUAGAGACGAAGAUACGUUAUUUGCUAGUUGAUAGAAGAGAGCUUUACUUGGUUUACUUGGAGAGUGAUGAGGUAGAGGAUGUAUAGAUACCAAAAGUAAAAGGCUAAAAAAGGCCCGGAGUUUGGGAUUGGCUUGAGAUGUGUGCAUUUCAGAGGCGUUCAAGGUUAUCUACAAGUAAUCUAUGACUUUGUCCAA